AACAUAUGGAUAGAAAUGUACCUGAUACAGCAAAUAAGGAUGUCCAGGAUACCGUUACUUCUUCUGAAUCGCUACAACUGAUAGAUUUUUUGGCAACAAAGGUGGAAGAAGCCAAAGAUCAAAUGAUAACUUGUUGUGAGGAAGUGAAUGUUAAAAUGCAAGAUCAGGACAAUAUUACAAAGUUAAACAGUGAUGAUGUCAACCCAGAGUUAGUUAGUUCUCAUGAAACAAUAGAAACAGAAACCAGUUUACAAGUAAGCAUUUGUGAAAAGGAAAUGCCUGAGAAACAUGUCACAUGUAUAACAGACAACAACGGUGUGAAUGGCUCAGAAAAGAGAGAACUCUCUUUAGAAUUAUUUAAAUGUCCAUUUGUUGAGAACAGUGGCAUUACAUGUGCCAAAAAAGGGAUGACUGACCAUACCGAAGACACUCCAAAUGAAGAAAAACAUCUGAGUAGUUUGAACAUAGAUAUGGAGCAAAAUACAGCCACCCAAGAUAUCACAGGUGAUAUCAAAGAAGCAAGAGCAAAAAGUGAAAGGAGGAAAGAAGAUCUUGUUGAAAGCAUGGCCUCCAAAGGGGACAGCAUAACUCUGCUCCCACUAAUGACAAAUUUAUCAGUUUCUCCACUUGGAGAACAGAGCAACUGUAUAUGUACAAAUAAUGAAGAUGCGCAGGGGAAUUCUGAUGCCAGGGAAGGAGACCAGUGCCCUCAUUUCCCAACUGGGAAAACUGAAAAAGAAGAAAACAUUUGCAGCACUACCAACAUUUCUGAACCUGGAGCCACUAGAUGUAGCUCCCUAACUGGAGAAAAAGCCACAGAUCAGUCCAGUCUGUGGAUGUGUGGCAAACCCAUAGAACAAAGUGAUGCAGAUAAAACUAGGAAAGACAGCAGCCCUCAUCAGAUAGAUACAUUUGUGGCAGAGCAAAACAGCACCAAAGAACAAGAUAUUAUUUGGAAAGAUUCGCCAGAAAUUCAGCCUGUGAACAUUUAUUUGGAAAAGGAAGGAGAACCAAAAUGUGAACGGAUCCUGCAACCAGAAGGGGAUAUUAUAUCUGACAGCAGAAGAUUCUCUGUGCAAGAUAUUACUAGCAAUGAAGAGAGGCAGAUGAUUGAAAGCGAAGCUGGAAUGAAAGCAUCACCAGCAAAGAGCACCACUGUCUCACCUGACCCAAAAGCUGAAGUCCUGCUGACCGAAGAAGAAAAAGAAAAGAGCUGUGAGAAUUUGCUAUCUAAUAUAAAUCAAUCAAAAACUGCUGCGUGUAAUUUGAUACCCAAUAAAAUCAUGGAAUCAAUAUCAAAUACAGAUGUUGCCCAACAGAAUUUCACCAAAAUUCCCAAGACAGAAGAAACAACAAUGGAAAACGCUCAUUUUUCCACUGACAUCCAUAUCAAUAGAAAACAAGAAAUAGUAACAUGUGUGGAAAACAAAAGCAUGCUCAUAACUGUACAAAGUGGCUUUUCCUCUGCAGAGGCUCUUCCAGUACUGGAGAGAGUGGAUGAUUCUGGUAGAGAAACAAAUGCUGAUCCAGAAGCCCAAAGCAGUCACCUCACAUCAAGGGCAGGUGGAUGUGCUCCCAGUGAUCUUGACACUGUGGGCCAAGCAUCUACUUCAUACACAGAUUCUCGUUCUCUAGAUGUGGAAUUUCUGCCUGACAGCCAGUUACAGGGCAUUUUUGAAAGUCACAGCCUUGAAUAUCCACCCCAUAAGGCAUCCAUUCUAGAUGAUCCACAUAAACAUUCCAAGAAUAAAAGUGAUAUGUUUUCAGCAGAAGAACAAAGUGGAACCAAAACACCAGCCCCAGCUCCUCACAAAACCAAUCCAAACAAUGUCAAGGAUCAAGUGACAGAAAGGAUUUGUGAUUCAUCCAGGCAAGAGGAUGCAACAGAUGUUGUUUGUGGACUGAUUAAAGAGCUCUCUAAUCUCAAUCGGCUGACUAUGAGUAUGCACAGGGAUUUGGACUCCUUCAAGAGAUUGAAGUUCCGGAGAAACAGACAAUCUGGCAAGCUUCUGCCUCACAACAAUAUGACAAGUACACCGAGUCUACUGAGAAAAAAGAGAGAGCUAUAGCUUGUGAAUAUUAUUGUUUACUUUAAAAUUUAUUCACUCACUAAUGCCAUUUUCUUCAGCUUUGUCUAGCAGGGUGGUUGUGACACAUAUUUGCAUUGAAAGAGACCACUGCUGCAGAAUAAAAUGA